UGUGCGAGAGACUUCAGGACUGAGAAAAGGCCGGGUAACCUACACGCGCUGAUUCAGGCAUCGUUAGCGCACUGCAGUGAUGGGGCGAUCGGCUCAUUUCUCCCAUGGAUCAUCGCUGGAGAGUACAGCACAUGAGCACUGCAGCCCAUUCUAAGGGCUUGGUAGCGUGGUGGCGUGACCCUGCCCACGGCAUGUCCCGGGACAGUCCUAAACUUAGCCCUCACUGCCUGGAAACCGCCCUCCUGGGGGUCCUCUUACUGCAUCUCAUCUCAGAAACGGGGAGCACCGAUGCUCCAGCUGUGAUUGGUGGACUGGGCGUGCAGACGCAGAAGGAGGGCGAUGCCCCUCCAUCUCUCAGCCAAUGGCUGCGCUCGGCGCUGGAGGAGAAGUGGGCCCGCCUUCGCCCUGUCCGGGACUGGAGGACUCCGGUCCGGGUCACCGUGGGUUUCACUGUGCAAAGCGUGCUGGGAAUGAAUGAAAAGCAGGAACGACUGCUUCUCUACGUCUUUUACAGACAGGUGUGGCGGGACGAGCGCUUUUCCUGGGACCCCGUCCUGCACCGGGGGGUGCAGCGUGUGACUGUCCCAGCGGAGAGCAUUUGGGUGCCCGACGUGGUGAUCUAUGAGAGGGUGGGGCAGGAGGAGGAGCCCCGCAGGCCCACACAGGUGUCAAUCACUCACCAGGGGUGGGUGGAGCAGCUGGAGCCUCGCCUCCUGGAGUCCAGAUGCCCUCUCAACCUUUUCCACUUCCCACUGGACUGCCACACCUGCAACCUCACCUUCGUGCUGCAGUCACACACCUCAGCUGAUGAGGUGAAGGUGUAUUGGGACUCUGGGUCAGAGAGAGGCGGUAGAGAAUGGGAGGGGCCAUUCUCCAGGGGGGAGUGGGAGGUGCUGUCAAUCACUGCCUCCUCCACCCUGCAGCCACUCCCCCACCUCCUACACACCUCUGCUGUCAGAGUGCAGGUGACAGUGCGGAGGCGUCCCCUGCUCUACCUGGUCACCCUGCUGCUGCCCAGCUCUCUGCUGCUCCUGCUGGACGCUCUGGGCUUCUUCAUCCCCGUGCACCUCAAGCAGCGCAUCAGCAUGAAGGGCAGUAUCUUCACCGGACACUUCAUCUUCAUCAUCAGCAUCUUCACGCUCUUCCCCCCCUUCACCAGGGACAUGCCGCUCAUUGAAGUAUACCUGUUUGGCUCAUUGGGAUUGCUGGCCUGCAGUACCAUGGAAACGGCGCUGGUGUUCCAGGUGGCCAGUGGGAGGAGCGCAUGGGUCAGGAUGCUUGCCUUCCCCUGCCUAUCAGGGCUUUGGGGGCGGUGCUGGUGGGAGGAGCCCCAGAUGACAGAUCAGUCUCAGAACGUGACUGGUGUGGGUGACGGCUGCCCUGAGUUGGAGCAGCAGGGGGGGAUGCUGGGGGCACUGUGGCGGGAUUUGGCCCAGGUGAGGGGGGACCUGCGGAGACAGCGGGAGGAGCAGGAGUGGCUGAGCGCCUGCAGAGAGUUAGGCUCCGCCCUCGACCGCGCCUACCUGUACCUGCACUGCCUCGUGCUGCUGGCAGGGGGCGUCAUCCUCCACAUGCAGUGGCACUGAGGACCGCGCCCUUCCAACCGGGACGAGAACCUGCUAUCGUUCCGGAGUCUGGACUUCAGUCGUCAUGGCAGGGGGAUGGACAACACUUCCUGCCUCUCUGUAAUGUUUCUUUGCCCCUCUUUUGCCUGACUGACUGACUUUCCACACGCUCCCUAGCCAUGUGACUAUUUUCCCUUGCUGAGGAACUUCUCACGCGCUCCCAAACAGGUUGUCCUUUCCCCAACACACAUUUAUCUUGUCGAUAUCUUACACACUCCCUGAUUGUGUGGAGGUUGUAACACUCACAGAAUUGCAUCUUUGUCGGCUCCCUGACUGUAUGUCUCAUCUCGCGAACUUCUUGGCAUAUGGGCCUGGAUUCAAUCAAAACAAUCCUUUAAUUUCUUACUUACAAUGAACUGGGAGUAUAAUAGUUUGACAAGGUAAUUUUUACCAGUGGGAGAACUUCAUCAAUCCAUGUCAUGAUGAAAGCAAACAUUUGCAUUUAAUUUCCAGUCAAAUUGAAGGACAGACGUUAAUUGAAUCUCUCUCUCUUUUCCACGCAACGCAACGCAACAUGACACUUUGUCGCUUUUGUCACAUUCCCUUGUGAUUUGCCGCUCACCGCAUGAUGAGGGCCAUUCCAUUUCAUUACAGUAAUUUCCAAUACAUGCUAAUUUAUUUCUACAUUUCCUUUAUAAUACAUUCCCUUGAUUAUAUUCAGAUAUAUGCCAAUGAGGCAGCAACUGGUGCGUUUUACAUUAUGUUUAUAUUUAUAUAUUUAUAGCAUAUUUAUUAUUCAGUAUCGUUUUCGACACAAAUUAAUGGGACUAGCUAAGACGGACACCAGUGUGCAGAGCUAAUGAAACUAUGAAUACUGACGUGACAGUUAAAUAUUUGUAUAAUUAUUUGCCUGUUUGGCAGUCUUAUAAAACAGACUCCAUGAUGGUAGCUUGUCAUGCCCUGAGGAAGGCUGUCAGGGCUGAAAUGCAUUGAUGAUAAACUGGUUUUUAAAACUGUGGCAGUUUAAUAAAGGCAUUUUAACUUA